AUGAGUCUCUGUAUCAUAGGGUGUGUGUGUGUGUGUGUGUGUGUGUGUGUGUGUGUGUGUGUGUGUGUGUGUGUGUGUGUGUGUGUGCCAUUAGAGCCCCUGACCACCAUCACUUAAGACCCACAGCAGGAGGGCAGCACGCCACACACACACACCAGAGAGAGGGUGGAGUAGAAAGCAGGAGAGGGUGAAUGAAUAAGUCAGAAUAAAGAAAAGUGAAUGCAGACAGUGUGUCGGAGGGAGAGUGAGGCCAGCAGGUUAGGUUGAGAUGCACUGAUCUCUCUUUCAGGGAAAUGUCAGCACUUUACCUAUGAUCACACAAGGUAAAUGGUAGGGGUGUGAACGUUAAAACGUUUACACGAAACUGGGAUCCUUAACAUUAAAAUCAAAGUGCAGUUAUCACAAAACAUAUUAUUUUCCGUGUCAUAGCCUAACUAGACGAUAGGCUAUAAAGGCCUGGGAAUUUAAAUUGAUUAAAUUAAGAUUUUGUGUCACUGGCCUACACGCAAUACCCCAUAAUGUCUAAUUAUUUUAAAAAAUGUAAAGCUGAAAUGUCUUGAGUCAAUAAGUAUUCAACCCCUUUGUUAUGGCAAGAUUAAAUACGUUUAGGAAUAAAAAUGUGCUUAACAAGUCACAUAAUAAGUUGCAUGGACUCACUCUGGGUGCAAUAAUAGUGUUUAACAUGAUUUUUGAAUGACUACCUCAUCUCUGUAUCCACACAUACAAUUAUCUGUAAGGAUCUCAGUCGAGCAGUGAAUUUCAACUACUGGUUCAACCACAAAGACCAGGGAGGUUUUCCAAUGCCUCACAAAGAAGGGAACCUAUUGGUAGAUAAAAAUAAAUAAAAUACAUUGAAUAUCCCUUUGAGCAUGGUGAAGUUAUUAAUUACAUUUUGGAUGGUGUAUCAAUACACCCAGUCACUACAAAGAUACAGGCGUCCUUCCUAACUCAGUUGCCAGAGAGGAAGGAAACUGCUCAGGGAUUUCACCAUGAGGCCAAUGGUGAAUUACAGAGUUUAAUGGCUGUGAUAGGAGAAAACUGAGAAUGGAUCAACAACAUUGUAAUACUCCACAAUACUAACCUAAUUGACAGAGUGAAAAGAAGGAAGCCUUUACAAAAUAUAAAUAUUCCAAAACAUGCAUCCUGUUUGCAACAAGGCACUAAAGUAAUAGUGCAAAAAAAUGUGGCAAAGCAAUUAACUCUUUUGUCCUGAAUACAAUGUGUUAUGUUUGGGGUAAAUCCAAUACAACACAUUACGGAGUACCACUCUCCAUAUUUUUAAGCAUAGUGGUGGCUGCAUCAUGUUAUUUGUAUGCUUGUAAUCGUUCAGGACUGGGGAGUUUUUCAGGAUAAAAAAGAAACGGAAUGGAGCUAAGCACAGGCAUAAUCCAAGAGGAAAACCUGGUUCACUCUGUUUUCCACCAGACACUGGGAGAUGAAUUCACCUUUCAGCAGGACAAUAACCUACAACGCAAGGCCAAAUAUACGCUGAGUUGCUUACCAAGAAGACAGUGAAUGUUCCUGAGUGGCCGAGUUACAGUUUUGACUUAAAUCUGCUUGAAAAUCUAUCUAUGGCAAGACUUGAAAAUGGUUGUCUAGCAAUGAUCAACAGCCAAUUUGACAGAGCUUGAAGUAUUUUGAAAAGAAUAAUGGCCAAAUAUUGUACAAUCCAGGUGUGCAAAGCUCUUAGAGACUUACCCAGAAAGACUCGCAACUGUAAUCGCUGCCAAAGGUGAUUCUAACAUGUAUUGACUCAGGGAUGUGAAUACUUAAGUAAAUUAGUUUUUUCUGUAUUUUAUUUUCAAUCAAUUUUCAAAAAUGCCUAAAAACAUGUUUUCACUUUGUAUUGAUGGGUUAUUGCGUGUAGAUGGGUGAGAUGUUUUACUUAUUUAAUACAUUUUUAAUUCAGGCUGUAACACAAAAUGUGGAAUAAGUCAAUGGGUAUGAAUACUUUCUGAAGGCACUGUAUGUGCACCACGGUUCUUUCUGCAUGCCCCCUUCUCUCUCUCCCUCGCGCUGGCAGGAUCACAUUAGUGGAAACCAAGACAGUUCUCAGGGCAGGCCUGGUUGUCGAGUCGUUUGGGACAAUUUUAGCUAGCCUCAACCCUUUCCUCACCUUAACCGAAUUCUCCUAACCUGCCACGUUAAUUCUCCUAACCUGUUGUGUAAGUUCUCCUAACCUGCUACGAAAAGUAACUUCUGUUAGUCAAAACCGGCAGACCUGCCCUGAAAAUAGUAUUGGUUUCCACUAGAGCCAUACAGCCUCGCGAUGGCUCUUUCUCUUCACUAAUGGUGCAAGUGUGUGUUUAGUCUUCAGUAUUUUGCGUGUAGAAUACCCUAGCCUAUUCAUUGAUUAUAGGCACUGCUUUACUGAAGUUGCGAGACAUUGCAAGCCAAUAGAUUGUGAGAUACAGCAUUCCAUUGCAAGAUACAGCUUUUGAUUGCUGAUAGAUAGGCCUAGUGUGCGGUUAUGACGCUGUCUGCCUGGUGGCCGACCUGCCUAUACUGUGUCCCUCCCCUCUCUCUCCGUCCCUCCCUCGCUAGCUUGCUAUGAAAGAUGUAAGUGUUCGUGUUGUCGGAAGUAUGACAACUAAUCAGUCUCCGCCAUUCCAACACUAAUGAAUCUUAGGAGUUGAUUUCUAGGGGAAUCGAAUCUUGACAUUCAGAAGUCAAGGAAUCAAUUAUUUUGGAGUCGACUCUCCACCACUACGUCAUCGCCGUUAACAGUUGGAAAAAUGGCAGAGAAAGGCAAGCGACAGCAGCGAAGUCAAUGCUUUGAGAUGUUAAAUGAGAAGCAAAUGCAAACUCUGCGAGUUAGAAUUGUGGUACAGUAAUGGUAGUACAGGUGCAAUGCUUAACCAUCUGAAAGGGACAUACCGUGAGACCCACACCGUUGCUAGCAGCAGCAGCACAGCUGCAUUGUGAAUUCGCGUGGUAUUUUAUUAAUUCUUCUUAUCGUUUUAAUGGAAAACAGAAUAAAAAAUUGCUGUUUAAACGUUAAGAAAUGUUUUCCAUUUGUCACAUCCCUAGUAAACGGACAAGGAGAAUACAUAGAGGAGAUAGGAGUACACGGACCCACACACACACAAAGCGAGAGAUAUUUAUUUUUAGAAAAGGGAGACUGGUGAGAGAAAGAAGUGAUGACAGGAAGAAAUGGAGAGAGAAUAGAGAGAGAAAAAAGAAAAAGAGGAGCUUUGCUGUAAUUUGACAUUAAAGAUUAUAUCUCUCUUUCUCUGUUUCUCUCCUUUGAUGCUGCAGCUGUGGCCUGUGAGCUGAGAGGUAUUGCCUUGUUAGCAGAAUCCUAAUAGACGAGGUGGAGGGAUCAUACGUGUUCAAUAUUCUUUUGUUGUGUUGCAAUCUGCCUGUGAGAAAGGUUGAGAGGCCUGCCUGCUGGAUAUGCACAAAACAAUAUCAGCAGAAACACAUUCUCCUCUACCCCCCCCCCCCCCGCCCUCGCUUGGCCAACACACACGCACCUACACAGGCGAGCACGCACACGUUUCUGUCCAACACACGCUUACAGUACACACACUACACUCAUCAGAUUUAGUGUUUCCAAUGUUGAAAUCUCAAUUUGUUACUCUUCGAAAUUAAUACAUACUAUAGCUUUUAAUAGGUGUCAAUUUCACAUUUAUAUUAGCCUAUAUAAUGUGUUUGCUCUGUAUUUUCUUGUGAGUUGUUUCUAAACAGCCUUAUUUUGAAAUAAAUUAUAAAAUCACUGUAUAAAAACUCCUCUCUGGUUUCACUUCUGGUUUCACUACCCACAAUGAUAUAAUGAAUUACUGCCACUAUUGACACAGUAUAAAUCAGCUGAGUAAUGUGAUAGAUUAGUUAGUCAGGCUAAUUGUACAGUAACACACUCAUUAGUCAUACCAACCACUGGAUACAUUCAUCACUUCUCAAAAUGGCUCACAUUGAAGGUGUGACUGGUGGUCCUAGGGGGGGCGAGGUCUCUCCUGAGCCCUGGGCCAAUUAGAAAAAUUAGUGGUCCUAAGGAGUGGUGCCUAUUGGGUCUUAGGCCAAUUAGAAUUGAAAGUGCUCCUAACGGAGUGGCCUUCUAUGGGGGUGUGGGCCAAUUAGAACAAGAACACAUAAAUGCCUGUAAUGUUUGGGAAAUUAAUUAUUGUUAAUAACAAAGAAAAAUAUAUGUGUCCGGUUUGGUACGUGUAUUGUGUAUGGUGUUUUGGUGUUGAGUUGGUGUAGUUUCUUAUGGGGUAAGGUUUCACUGGAGUUUUGUUGUGGUUUUAAGUCAGUUAAGAUGUCUCAAUAAAGAGCAUCACAAGUCAAGUCUCUCUCUCUCCCUCCCUUGUUCCCUCUCUCUCUCUCUCUCUCUCUCUCUCUCUCUCCCCCUCCCUCCUUCCCUCUCUCUCUCUCUCUCUCUCUCUUUUCCUCUCCCCCACUCUCUCGCUCUUUCCAUAAAAACCACAAGAAAAUGUUUGUAAAGUCUAGAGAACGUUCUAAGAAUGUUAUUUAAAACAUGCAUUCCGUUCUCAGACUGUGAAGAAAACUUUCCACAUUCAGAGAAUGUUCAAAAAAUGUAAUUUAAAAACAUAUACACUAACGGUCAAAAAGUUUUAGAACACAUCAAUAUGUCCAGUUUUUAUUUAAAUUCACACAGUUUAAUGUAUUAAUGUACUCUGAAAUUAAAGCAUAGAACAAAUAAACAAUUGGAGGCAAAAAAUAAGUAAUGGAAUCGUUUUGUUUAACAACAUUUAAUCUACAUUUUUGACUCAUCAAAGUAGCCACCUUUUGCAGACAUAACAGCCGAACACACUCGUGGCAUUCUUUCUACGAUAGAAAUCAAAUAUUGUUCGGAAAGUUCUUCCCAACACUGUUGCAGAAGUUCCCACAAAUGUUUUACACUUGUAGGUUACUUUGCUUUCACCCUUCUGCCCAGUUCAUCCCAAACCAGCUGGAUGGGGUUUAAGUCUGGAGACUGUUCUGGCCAUUCCAUGAUUUGAAGCCUACCGUAUUGUUAUUUUCUUCUAAGGUAGUUCUGACAGCCUGGAGGUAUGUUUUGGGUCAUUAUCUUGCUGUAGGAUGAACCCCUGACCAACUAGACGUAUUGCGUGCCGCUGCAAAAUGCUGUGGUAGCCGUUUUACUUGUUCCCUGAAAAAUGCCUUUUUUAUAACUCUGAAAUGUACAUUAUUUUUCCGUUUUUGGUAGGUAACCACUUUUUUUUUUUUUUACCUCUGGCAGUUUACCGCAUACCUUUAUACCAUUUCAGGUUAUUCACUGGACUUGAACUGCUUAAAUUUCAAUAAAAACUGGAAAAAUGGGGGUGUUCUAAAACGUUUGACUGGUAGUGUACAGUGGGGAAAAAAAAUAUUUUGUCAGCCACCAAUUAUGCAAGUUCUCCCACUUAAAAAGAUGAGAGAGGCCUGUAAUUUUCAUCAUAGGUACACAUCAACUAUGACAGACAAAAUGAGAAAUGGUGGAAAAUAAGUAUUUGGUCAAUAACAAAAGUUUCUCAAUACUUUGUUAUAUACCCUUUGUUGGCAAUGACACAGGUCAAACGUUUUCUGUAAGUCUUCACAAGGUUUUCACACACUGUUGCUGGUAUUUUGGCCCAUUCCUCCAUGCAGAUCUCCUCUAGAGCAGUGAUGUUUUGGGGCUGUCGCUGGGCAACACAGACUUUCAACUCCCUCCAAAGAUUUUCUAUGGGGUUGAGAUCUGGAGACUGGCUAGGCCACUCCAGGACCUUGAAAUGCUUCUUACGAAGCCACUCCUUCGUUGCCCGGGCGGUGUGUUUGGGAUCAUUGUCAUGCUGAAAGACCCAGCCACGUUUCAUCUUCAAUGCCCUUGCUGAUGGAAGGAGGUUUUCACUCAAAAUCUCACGAUACAUGGCCCCAUUCAUUCUUUCCUUUACACGGAUCAGUCGUCCUGGUCCCUUUGCAGAAAAACAGCCCCAAAGCAUGAUGUUUCCACCCCCAUGCUUCACAGUAGGUAUGGUGUUCUUUGGAUGCAACUCAGCAUUCUUUGUCCUCCAAACACGACGAGUUGAGUUUUUACCAAAAAGUUAUAUUUUGGUUUCAUCUGACUAUAUGACAUUCUCCCAAUCCUCUUCUGGAUCAUCCAAAUGCACUCUAGCAAACUUCAGACGGGCCUGGACAUGUACUGGCUUAAGCAGGGGGACACGUCUGGCACUGCAGGAUUUGAGUCCCUGGCGGCGUAGUGUGUUACUGAUGGUAGGCUUUGUUACUUUGGUCCCAGCUCUCUGCAGGUCAUUCACUAGGUCCCCCCGUGUGGUUCUGGGAUUUUUGCUCACCGUUCUUGUGAUCAUUUUGACCCCACGGGGUGAGAUCUUGCUUGGAGCCCCAGAUCGAGGGAGAUUAUCAGUGGUCUUGUAUGUCUUCCAUUUCCUAAUAAUUGCUCCCACAGUUGAUUUCUUCAAACCAAGCUGCUUACCUAUUGCAGAUUCAGUCUUCCCAGCCUGGUGCAGGUCUACAAUUUUGUUUCUGGUGUCCUUUGACAGCUCUUUGGUCUUGGCCAUAGUGGAGUUUGGAGUGUGACUGUUUGAGGUUGUGGACAUGUGUCUUUUAUACUGAUAACAAGUUCAAACAGGUGCCAUUAAUACAGGUAACGAGUGGAGGACAGAGGAGCCUCUUAAAGGAGAAGUUACAGGUCUGUGAGAGCCAGAAAUCUUGCUUGUUUGUAGUUGACCAAAUACUUAUUUUCCACCAUAAUUUGCAAAUAAAUUCAUUAAAAAUCCUACAAUGUGAUUUUCUGGAUAAAAAAAUUCUCAAUUUGUCUGUCAUAGUUGGCGUGUACCUAUGAUGAAAAUUACAGGCCUCUCUCAUCUUUUUAAGUGGGUUGCUGACUAAAUACUUUUUUCCCCCACUGUAUAUAUACAUUACAUUCUCAGCAUCAACAAAACCCUCUAUCUUGUUAAGUGUGUUCAGUUGUGUUGGCUGCGCCCACUAAUUGGCCACACCUGAUCUUAAUGAGUGCUUCUUUAAUUUAAAAUUGGGUCUGUUUGAAAAUACUAAAAUGAACAGCUUUGUAUACAUAAAAAAUGUGGCAUGCUAUCUCCAUCCUGGUGUCGCAGUGGAUUAAUUCCAUGGAUAGAAAACUGAAAGUUAUAGGUUUGAAUCUCACUGAUGCUGUGUCACAAAAAACAAUUAUGUGUUUGCAUGAUCAAUGCCUAAGGAACAUCAUUUCCAUGUGUCCUAUCUGUGCUUGUAGUAAAAAAAAAGGUUUGCCCAAAAUAAUCUAGCAGUGUUAUUAAAAUUCUUAUUGAAACAUUCAGGGAAAGUUUUAAGGAACCAGAAUAAAACGUUCUCAGAACCUCCCUGCAACCUAAAAAUAAACGUUCCCAGAAUAGACAAAAUGUUCACUUCUAUUCUCAGUUUUACCAGUCAAGACAUGUAUGGCUUCGUUCCCACAACCAAUGUGAAACCAAAAACAUAUGUCCACCCAACUUCCAAGGAACCAAAUGUGCUAGCUGGGUAAACCAUGGAAAGUCAACCCCAGCAGAGUAUGUGUGUGUUUUCGUCUGGCCUGAUAAAGACUGUCUGAAGAGCCAGGGGGUCUCUGCCACACCCACACACACACACACACAAUGUGGCAGCAUAGUGGUCGGGGAAAUGGACCAGUAAAAAGGAGGUAUGUGGAACUUACUCAGGCCUCGAUGAAAGUCCUGCUAUAUUAAGAGAAUACAUACUGUAUAUAUUGAUACGCUCUCCCUCUCUCUCUCUCUCUCUUCCUCUCCCUCCCUCUCCUUUCCCCUCCCUCCUUCCUUCCCUCCCUCCCUCCCUCUAUCUUUCUUUCUUUCCCUCCCUCCCUCCCUCCCUCCCUCCCUCUCCCUUUCCUCCACCCCCGCCCUCCCUCCCUCUCUCUCUCCAGGUGGUCUCGUCCUGAGCAGGUGAAUGGUGUGUUAGAGUUCUACAGUGUGUACCUGUCAGUAGAAGGGGAGGAGCCAGUGUGUGUGUAUAACAGCUCUGAACUGUUUGAAGACCACACCCUCCGUAACCUGACACCAGGCACCACCUACAGCUUCACUGUAUCUGUGAGUACACACAUAUACACUCUCAGUUAAAUAUGAGGAUUAUAUUAUACUGUAUAAUGUAUUACAUUUAAUAACAAAUUAUUAAAUAUAUUAAUGUUAUUACAUUUAUACAUAACUUUAUGCGUUCAAACGAAACACUCAUCUUUAUUUUGUAAACCUUGUUUCCUGUUUGUGUGCGUGUGCAUGUUUAUAUGUGUGUGUGUGUUUCCCAUGUGUUUAGGCGUGUACGGGAGGAGGCUGUUCCGUCAGCCCCCUAGCGAGGCUCACACAGAGGAGACCACCCCUGAAAACAUCCCUGCCCCCUACGUCACCCCUCUCUCCCCCCACGCCCUCAACAUCACCUGGACACCCCCAGACACACCCAACGGUAAGGAGGUGGGUAGGGGGAGGGGGUAUGAUGAGGUCAAAGGGGGGAAGAGGGGGGUGAUGUGGGAAUGAGGAACAAUUGAUAAUUGGUUAGCGUGACAGAGGAAAAUAUAUUAAUUGUUUACCAUUGGCUGUAUAAAUUCAUAUUAUAUAUACUAGAUAUACUAGACAUGGUACCCAACCCUGUUCCUGGAGAGCUACCCUCCUGUAGGUUUUCACUCCAACCCUAAUCUAGCAGACCUGAUUUUAGUAAUCAGCUGGCUGAAUCAGGUGAGUUACAACUGGGGUUGGAGUAAAAACCUACAGGAGGGUAGUUCUCCAGGAACAGGGUUGGAGAGCCCUGGUAUCUAUAGUACAUACCAUAUGUACUACAUACUAGACACUUGAUUCCAAACUAGUUGGUCAAUUAAAGGAUCAUAGGUGGAGGGGGAGGUUGGGCAGGGAUGACAUACUGAGGUACACACGCUUUGUAUUUGUACACUCACCUCCAGCUCCACCUAUGACAGUGACAUUUUUACAAAAAUGGGAGAUGUUUACCAAAAUUGAGGGAUGCUAGUCACACAUCACAAAUAUGUUCUGGAAUACUGCACACGUCACAGACACUUUUAGAUAAGUGAUUGUAAAAGUAUUGUGAAUAUGGAGGGAGAGAGAGAGAGAGAGAAAGGGAGAGAGACAGAGUGAGAGAGAGACAGAGAGAGAGAGGGGGGGGGGAGAGAGAGAGAGAGAGGGGGGGAAAGAGCGAGAGAGAGCGUUGGUAAGAGCUUUCUGCUUCUUUAAGUGGAUGGCAAGUGCUCUCUUUUGACUGAAGCUGGGAACUGCAGGCUGGGAACACAGAGGAGAGAGCUGCCUAUCUCAUACACACACACACACAUAAAAAGCACGUACACAAUCAGACAUUAUUCGUUUCGUAAUGUUCACUUUGUUUUAUAUGAUGUAUUAUAACAGCUGUAAACAUAGCUCAAGUACAAACGCUGACUAUCUGUUAUUUAGUAGAUGCACUUAUCAGAACAAUGUAUGGUAAGUGUAUACAACAAAGAGGACAGGAUGUCUUAAAAAACAACCAUCACAUGUAAACCUCCUCUGAGUUAGAUAUGAAAUGUAGUUGUUGGUAUCAUAGAGACUAUAAGAGGAAUGCCAUCUGUAGCAACACAUUUGUUGUCAGGGGAUGCUCAAAGACAGCGCAACGAUGUCUGUAAACUAUGUGCAGUCACAUUAUGGUUUGGUACAUGCUUUUAGGAGAAAACACACAGCUAAAAAUGAGACUUAAUUUGCUCUUGUCAAAAUUGUAUGGUAAUCAAUACUCUUAUUUCCAAAAUAAAAUAUGUUCGCUUUCUGUGCUGAAAAUGUUGAUAUCUAACAAACGUAUACGUUGUUUUAUUCAAACACUUUAAUUGCAUGUGUCUGCCAAACAAAUAAAUAUAUGCAUAUUUUUAUCAAAGAUCACACUAGUUUCUGUAACCUUCCCAUCAGGGUUGAGCUCAAUUCAGAAUUUUGAAAUUGACUCCCAUUCAACUCAUGAGUUGAAAUUCAAAUUGAAUUGGCCAGAGGAUGUAGAAUUAAAAUUUGAGUUUGAGUGACAGGAAGUAGAAUUUAAUUCAGUCAAAUUUUUUAGAAAUUCCUCUCAUAGAACAUAAGAGUUUCAUUGAAUCUGACAGGUCACACUUCCAGAUACCAAAUAAUAUAUAACUUUUCUCUGGAAACAAUAUUCAUAUACUCUUUUAACCUUAGUGCUUAGAAUAGCCAAUUAUAUUUUCUCAACAAGGCUGUAACGUAACAAAAUGUGGAAAAAGGGAAGGGAUCUGAAUACUUUCCGAAUGCACUGUAUAUUUGUAUAGACUACACCUACAGUAAUAUAGAACAGAAAAGGUAUUUGAAUUUCACUGAAUUCAAUUCUAUUUCCUUUCAUUCAAAUUCUAAUUGCAAUUCUGUAUCCUGUUUAACCCUUUACACUCGUGGGAAUUGGCCUAUAUAGAUAGGGCUAAAUGUAAAUGUUUCUUACAGAAGAAAUAUGAAAAGCAUAUGCACAACCGUGGUAGUAAUUGAAAGGGAACAGUUUGGAGAUUAUGGGACAAUUAUUAGAACAAAGGUCAGGACACAACAGUUCACCUGACACAAGACUGAAUCCAAACAUUACACUGUUGAUUUUAUGUGCAUUUGACACACAUAUUCUCUGGAUAUUUUGUAUACCUUUUAGCUAGUAGUUCAGAAAGUAGCGCUCACGAGACAAAAGUGGUCCCCAAAAAUGGUGUACUACAUCACAUAUGUGCAGAUACUGUAUGUGCACCACGUCGUGGUCUCUCUCUGUCACUCAAAUGGCAAGGGGCUGUAGUUCGUUGGCUGGAACUCUAAUUGCUAGGGGGCACGUGGGGGAAAAUUUAGGGAAAAUGGGACUGCACAGCUUCCAGUAAACAGUCGCUUUCAAACUAGGGAUUUCGUGGCUAAUUGAGUUAAGACAGUAAUUCUGCUCAUAGAUUAUGCAUGUAUGAACUACACAUUGACACAUCCAGCCCAAAGUGGGGGGUUUUAAAAAUACUUAGUAGUCGCCAAAGUUAGAAUGCACAGUUUCACAUGUUCAGUGUGUGUGUAUAGUGUGUGUACGAUGUGUAAAGCAUGUGUGUGUGUGUGUGUUGUGAAAGAUGUGUGUAUAAUACAUAGUGUGUAUAAUAUAGUGUGUGUGCAUUUGGCUCCAUAAACCCUAAACUCCUAUUAGACGUGAUAAAUUACAGCAUUGCUAAUCUGACAGCCAUUUAAUUUGAAAAAAACUUUAAUCACAAUUACCCGAUUAUCUCGCACUUAAAACGCCUUCCAAAUACUUUAAUUCUUCAUAAAGAAUGCUUUGUAUUUUUCGUCUGGCUGCUUGUAAUGUGGAGUCAAUACGGACCCCAUAUGAUUUGCUUGGUUCCACACUACUAGAAGUCUGGAGGAGUUUUUCACAAUUUUCCUAGGGAUUUGUUGGCUAAUCCCGCUGGAGAUUAAAGUGUGGGAAACAUGGAGACAAGCUGGAGAAUAAACCUGUUAUGCAUUAGGCUUCAUAUCAACCUGGGCUUAUUACAACACUCUCACAGCCACCGAUUCACUGGCUCUGCUGCCCAAAUGGUAACCUAUUCCCUAUGGAGCUAUGGAGCCCUAUGGGGCUCUGGUCAAAAGUAGUGCACUAAUUAGGGAAUAGGAAGGCAUUUGGGAUGCACACCAGCUGACUAUGGGACAUAUUAAGUGUGGAGAUGUAUUACUGUCUGCUUUGUGUCUUCAUUUCUUUACACAGACGUGAAAUGGUUUUCUCUGGGCAGACGCAUAAUUAAAACAGAAAAGGUUCUUACCACAAACAUGAUCUUUUGAGCCCCGUAUGGAGGGAAAAGAGACAUGCUGUUUCCUUAUGUGCCUGUAAUAAUGUUAGGAUAAUUCCUUGUGAUUUCGUUUACUGACAGGGUGUGUGUGUGUGUGUGUGUGUCCCUUGCAUGUGUGUGUGUGUGUCCUUGUGUCCCUGCAUGUGUGUGUGUGUGUGUCCUUGUCUGUGUGUCCUUGCAUGUGUGUGUGUGUGUUCCUCUCCUCUAGGAGUGAUCAGCAGCUAUGGAGUGUGGAUGAACGGUGUGCUGGUCCAGAACUCUUCCUCCCUGUGGUUCUCUGUUGACCACCUGUCUCCCUGGAGUCUACACAGCUUUAGAGUACAGGCCUGCACCUCACAGGGCUGUGCCCUGGGACCACUGGUGAGUCACACACACACACUCACACACCCAUACAAACACACACACACACACACACAUGAUUACACAUACACACACAUUCACUGUCACGCACACCCACUUAUUUUUAUUAAAUUAUUUUAAUAAAAGCCGCUCAACAACUACAUCACAUAAGUCAUCUAACAGACUCCCAUCCAGAGCGACACACAGAAGCAACCAGGUUCAACACACACUUACAUGUAGUGUUUAUGCGCUAAGCCUUUAGUUGCAUACUCACAUUUGCAUUAUGAUAAUGCUGCUGACGUGUGUGUGUGUGUGUGUGUGUGUGUGUGUGUGUGUGUGUGUGUGUGUGUGUCAGCUGGCAGGCGUUAUAAAGGUGAUCGAUUCUAGAGUUCAAUAAAUGGCCGUCUGGUGACGAUGACAUUUGGGAGAAAUGUCACUCAGGGAGUCAGGGCCUGGGAUGGGCUGGGCUCUUCUCCAAUAUGGCUAAACAUAUUUAGUGUCAUACACAGAUCUGCCAACGCAGCACUGCACGGGCUAAGGAGGGGAGGGCAGGGUGAGGUACAGAGGGGAGGGGGCUAGAGGACAAUGGAAGAUAGCAGGGGCAGGGGAGGUAGAGGGGCAGGGGAGACAGGGAGGGAUGCGGGGAGAUUUCUGUGAAAGCACUUUUCACAUACAAUUUGUUUGAUUGAUUACUGAUGAUGACGAUAAUAAUGUAUCUCUCCAUGCGUGUGUGUGUUUGUCCAGGUGGAGAGGCGAACGUUGGAGAUGGCCCCAGUAGGUCCCGUGGUGCUGGAGGUUGGUAGUGAAGGACCGACCUCUCUCAGGGCCAAGUGGAGCCAACCAGCCAAACCUAAUGGGAACAUCACCUAUACUCUACUGUACUCACACACAGGUAACACACACACACACACGCAUGAACGUACAGACACAAGCAAGCCUGCACACAGACGCACACACACACACGCACUCUACACAAAACUAGGUAACACACACACUUUGCACACUUAAUAAAUAUUUGCUUUAAGGUGAUUUCUAUAAUGAAUUGUUAUAAAGAUUUAAUGCCCACUCAACAACAGCCUACUAAGCAUGACAGCAAUAAAGAUUGCAUCUCGAAAAGCGACUUAAUAACGACAAUGAAAUUAAGACAGAAUGGGCUAUUUUGCCUGUUUGUAAUUUGCGUGGUGUGUAUUGUCAGCGGUAUUUGUGAUGUAAAAAGUGCUUAUUUGAUAAAAGUUCUAGACAGGGGUUAAGUGCCACUUCACUCGGUCAGCUUCUGGCCCGGACUCACAGAGUAAUCAUCAUAGACACACGCGCAAGCACACACACACACACACUCUCUCACACACAUUCUCUCUCACACACACACUCAAUAAAGCAGAUAUACACUCCUCUACGUAUUAAUUUGGACAGUGAAGCUAAAACUUUUAAUUUGUCUCUAUACUCCAGCAUUUUAGAUUUGAGAUCAAAUGUUUCAUAUGAGGCGAAAGUACAGAAUGUCACCUUUUAUUUGAGGGUAUUUUUAUACAUAUGAGCAGUGUUUCUCUGUAACUUUCUCACUCAUCAUUAUUCACGAUUCAUUCAUGAUAUCCGUAAUCAUAGUAGCAUCCACAUUAAUGUAGAAGUGUUCUGAAACAUAUUAUAUUCUUAUUUACAAUAAAAGUGACUCCAAAAUGACACAAUACAAUAUUUACCAUUAAUUUCUAAUGCAUCUAACAAGUUUGUAGAGUCACAUGCUUGAUGUAGUCAUUGCGUGCUAGGAAUAUGGGAUCAAAUACUAAACUUUUGACUACUUUAAUACACUAUAAGUGAAUUUGUCCAAAUACUUACAGUGCCUUGCAAAAGUAUUCAGACCCCUUGGAUUUUGUCACAUUUUAUUGUGUUACAAAGUGGGAUAAAAAUGUAUUGAAUUGUCAUUUUUUGUCAAAUAAAUCAAAUAAACCUCUGGGAUCGAUGCAAGUCUAUAAAAGAGCUUUGCUCACCUGGAUUGUGAAAUAUUUGCCCGUUAUUCUUUUCAGAAUUCUUCAAGCUCUGUCGAGAUGUAGGGCAUCAUUGCUAGACAGCCAUUUUAAAGUCUUGCCAUAGAUUUUCAUGUAGAUUUAAGUUAAAAUUGUAACUUGGUACUCAGGAACAUUCACUCUCCUUGGUAAGCAACUCCAGUGUAGAUUUGGCCUUGUGUAAUUUCCUCUCCCAGUCUCUGGUGUAAAGCAGACUGAAGCAGGUUUUCCUCUAUGAUUGUGCCUGUGCUUAGCUCCAUCCCGUUUCUUUUUAUCCUGAAAAACUCCACAGUAUUUGCCGAUGUCAAGCAUACCCAUACCAUGAUGCAGCCACCACCAUGUUUGAAAAUAAGGAGGCAGUUACUCAGUGAUGUGUUGUGUUGGAUUUGCCCCAAACAUAAGGCUUUGCAUUUAGGUCAUACAUUUUUGUUGCAUACAAGAUGCAAGUUUUCGAAUAUAUUUCUAUUUUUCUUUUCACUCUGUCAUUUAGGUCAUUAUUGUGGAGUCACUACAAUUUUGUUGAUCCAUCCUCAGUUUUCUCCUAUCACAGCCAUUAAACUCUGUAGUGUUGAUGUGUAGUUUAAUACAUCAUCCACAGCAUAAUUAACUUGAAAGCUUCAAGUUCCUCGGCGUACACAUCACUGACAAUCUGAAACGGUCCACCCACACAGACAGCUAUUUGCUGCUGUCAAAGCUAUUUGCUGCUCUGGCAUCCCAAUGGUGGAACAAGCUCCCCCACGACGCCAGGACAGCGGAGUCACUGACCACCUUCCGGAGACACUUGAAACCCUACCUCUUUAAGGAAUACCUGGAAUAGUAUAAAGUAAUCAUUCUACCCCCCUCCCCCACCCCCCAUUUAAAAAAAAGUGGUUGUCCCACUGGCUAUCAUAAGUUGAAUGCACCAAUUUGUAAGUCGCUCUGGAUAAGAGCGUCUGCUAAAUUAUGUAAAUGUAAAUGUAAAAUGUAAGAAGGCGCAGCAGCACCUCUUCAAACUCAGGAGGCUGAAUAAAUUUUGCUUGGCCCCUAAGACCCUCAGAAACUUUUACAAAUGCACAAUUGAGAGCAUCCUGUCGGGCUGUAUCACCGCCUGUAACCGCAGGGCUCUCCAGAGGGUGGUACGGUCUGGCCAACGUGUCACCGGGGGCACACUGCCUGCCCUCCAGGAAACCUACAGCACCCGAUGUCACAGGAAGGGCAAACAGAUCUUCAAGGACAUCAACCACCCUGUUCACCCUGCUAUCAUCCAGAAGGCGAGGUCAGCACAGGUGGAUCAAAGCUGGGACCGAGAGACUGAAAAACAGCUUCUAUCUCAAGGCCAUCAGACUGUUAAAUAGCAAUCACUAGCCGGCAACCAACAGGCUACUCAACCCUGCACCUUAGAGGCUGCUGCCCUAUAUACAUAGACAUGGAAUCACUGGCCACUUUAAUAAUGGAACACUAGUCACUUUAAUAAUGUUUACAUACUGCUUUACUCAUCUCAUAUGUACAGUGCAUUCGGAAUAUAUUCAGACUCCUUCACUUUUUCCACAUUUUGUUACGUUACAACCUUAUUCUAAAAUGGAUUAAAUAAAACAUUUUCCUCAUCAAUCUACACACAAUACCCCAUAAUGGCAAAGCGAAAGCAUGUUUUUAGAAAUUGUUGCAAAAUUUAUUAAAAAUAAAAACUGAAACAUAAGUAUUCAGACCCUUUGCCAUGAGACUAGAAAUUGAGCUCAGGUGUAUCCUGUUUCCAUUGAUCAUCCUUGAGAUGUUUCUACAACUUGAUUGGAUUCCACCUGUGGUAAAUUCAAUUGAUUGGACAUGAUUUGGAAAGGCACACACCUGUCUAUAUAAGGUCCCACAGUUUAAAGUGCAUGUCAGAGCAAAAACCAAGCCAUGAGGUCGAAGGAAUUGUCCGUAGAGCUCCGAGACAAGAUUGUGUCGAGGCACAGAUCUGGGGAAGGGUACCAAAAAAUUUUGGCAGCAUUGAAGGACCCCAAGAACACAGUGGUCUCCAUCAUUCUUAAAUGGAAUAAGUUUGGAACCACCAAGACUCUUCCUAGAGCUGGCCACCUAGCCAAACUGAGCAAUCGGCGGAGAAGGGCCUUGGUCAGGGAGGUGACCAGGAACCCGAAGGUCACUGUGACAGAGCUCCAGAGUUCCUCUGUGGAGAUGGGAGAACCUUCCAGAAGGACAACAUCUCUGCGGGACUCCACCAAUCAGGCCUUUAUGAGUGGCCAGACGGAAGCCACUCCUCAGUAAAAGGCACAUGACAGCCCACUUGGAGUUUGCCAAAAGACACCUAAAGGACUCUCAGACCAUGAGAAACAAGAUUUUCUGGUCUGAUGAAACCAAGAUUGAACUCUUUGGCCUGAAUGCCAAGCGUCACGUCUGGAGGAAACCUUGCACCAUCCCUACGGUGAAGCAUGGUGGUGGCAGCAUCAUGCUGUGGGGAUGUUUUUCAGUGGCAGGGACUGGGAGACUAGUCAGGAUCGAGGGAAAGAUGAACGGAGCAAAGUACAGAGAGAUCCUUGAUGAAAACCUGCUCCAGAGCGCUCAGGACCUCAGACUGGGGUGAAGGUUCACCUUCCAACAGGACAAUGACCCUAAGCACACUGCCAAGACAACCAGGAGUGGCUUUGGGACGAAUCUCUGAAUGUUCUUGAGUGGCCCAGCCAGAGCCCGGACUUGAACCUGAUCUAACAUCUCUGGAGAGACCUGAAAAUAGCUGUGCAGCGACGCCCCCCAUCCAACCUGACAGAGCUUGAGAGGAUCUGCAGAGAAGAAUGGGAGAAACUUCCCAAAUACAGGUGUGCCAAGCUUGUAGCGUCAUACCCAAGAAGACUCGAGGCUGUAAUUGCUGCCAAAGGUGAUUCAACAAAGUACUGAGUAAAGGCUCUGAAUAAUGAUAUUUCAGUGUUUUAUUUUUAAUACAUUUGAAAAAAUGAUUAAAACCAGUUUUUGCUUUGUCAUUAUGGGGUAUUGUGUGUAGAUUGAUGAGGGGGGAAAAAACAAUUUAAUCAAUUUUAGAAUAAGGCUGUAACGUACCAAAAUGUGGAAAAAGUCCAGAGGUCUGAAUACUUUCCAAAUGCACUGUAUAUACUGUAUUCUAUUCUACUGUAUUUAGUCAAUCCCACUCCGACAUUGCUCGUCCUAAUAUUUAUAUAUUUCUUAAUUCCAUGCUUUUACUUUUAGGUUUGUUUUAUUGUGAAUUGUUAUGUACUGCUGCACUGUUGGAGCUAGGAACACAGGCAUUUCACUUCACCCGCAAUAACAUCUGCUAAAUAUGUGUAUGUGACCAAAACAAUUUGAUUUGAUUUGAUCAUUAUUAACUUGACCAUGCUUAAAGUCAUAAUCACUGUCUGGUUUGUUAUUGUUACACAUCUAUCAAUCACUGCCCUUCUUUAUGAGGCUUUCAAAAAGCUCCCUGAAUUUUUGAAUCUGUGCUGGAAAUUCAAUACUUGACUGAGGGAAAGGGGUUCUACUUCAUACCUUUCAGACCGUCAGUGCGGUUGAAAGUAUGGAUAUCCCUCGCGCUCCACACACUGUUUCUUAUUUCUUCUCGCAAAGUUGGCUUAGCCGUAUCGUGCAAAUUGAUUGCUCCGCUGCUCCCGUUUUUCGGAUUGCAUCUUCCCAGGUCCCGGUAGGGUAAGCUAAACUCUGUGUGAGUUGUGUGUACUGUCAGUCUGUCACCAACAGCCUGUGACCUGUGGGUCAGAGCGCAAAAUUCGCCCUCCAAGGCUCUCCCCUACCUAUGCCUUUUAUCGGAGGAUAUUGGGCUUCCUUGUCUUGUGCUGACUUAGCCCACCAGCUAGUGUGUGUGUUGGCCACCGUACUCCGGUGCUAACCUUGUCAAAAUAUCCUCCACUGCUGUGCUUGUUAUCGAGGCCACCGGGCACUAGUCGUCCUUCGACUAUUUAAAACUCGAACGGGUCACUUCCGUAGAUAACCACGUCUAGGAAGGUUGUUAGCCUAGCCAGCUAUAAAAUGCUGGUAUUACUAGCAUGCUACAAACUAGCUAGCUAGCUAGUUUACCAACUCAACCUAGCUGCUACUGUGUGUUGUCAGCUUGGCUUACGUCUUUUGCAUAAAUAAGCCUAUGUUUAAACAUGAUAUCGCUCCUGCUCCAGCCCUGUGGUCAAAGCUAGGCUCACCCAAAACUAUUUUGCGGGUGCUGUACAGCUCCCGCCAGAUUAUUGUAGCUCUCUACCCUUACUGUGUAUUGUGGUAGCUGUUGUAUGCAGUCUCCGGUUACUAUUAUAUUAGUUAAUGUGAUGAAUUAGUUUAUUGCAUAAGAAAUAUUUUAUAUUUAUAUUUAAUAAUUUAUUUUCUUCACAUUCUGAGCUGAGAGAACACCGGAUCACCAUGAUGCUGGGCAUGCAUGGCUGCUCCUCAUGUGGAGCUGAACUACAAGUAGAGGAUGGUCAUGACCUGUGCCCCACCUGCUUAGGCGUUGGCCACCUGCAUGAGGCCCUUUCUGACCCCUGCAUUAACUGUGCCAUCCGGCCUGUGAAGGUGAGGGAAGCGCAGCUAGCCAGAGUUGAGGGCCUGGUUUUCACAGAUAAUUUACCAGCGUCCGGCAUUGUUUGCCAGGAUCCACCCAGGACCACCAAAAGAGGCAAAGCCCACAAAAAUGGGCUUGACCAUAUGCCUAAGGUGAUGAAUGCAUAG